CGAUGCCAGCGUGUCCCUGCACUCACGGCACAGCUCCCCAAAAGGAACAACUCCCUGACAAUCGACUGCUAAGCCGGGCUCAGAAUUUGGGGCCGGUCACAGAGAGGAGACCCUCCUCCCCUGGGCUGGCCAGCCCGCCGGCCGGCCUUCCUUCCCCUCCCCUCUCCGCCCCGCCGGCCGGCGGAGGGUCCUUCCCCGGGGAAAGUUGCUCGGCGUCCCCCGGGCGAGGGGCGGGGGUGUGCGGGGCUGCCCCCGCCGCCUCCGGUCCGUGUCGCCGAGCUGUUUAUUUAAAUCGCAGAUAAAGCGCCUCGCCGCCCGCCCUGCCGGGGACACACAGUCCGGGCGCCCCGCGGGGCCGGCAGGAAGGAGCCCAUGGCCGGGAGGGCAGCCCCGGCCCCCGGGGCUCUGCUCUGCGCCCUGCUCUGGGCGGCAGCGGCGGCAGCGGGGGGCGGCCCCGGGGACAACCCCGCUCCCGGCGCCUUCGGCCGCGUCUACCGGGGCGCCGUGAACAUCAGCGCGGAGCGGGUCUACGCCUUCGCCUACCGCAGCGAGCCCGGGCAGGUAGAUGCAGUGCGGGUGUACGUGAACAGCAGCUCUGAGAACCUCCAAUACCCCGUCCUGUUUGUAGUUCGCCAGCAGAAGGGAGUGCUGUCAUGGCAGGUCCCACUGAUUUUUCGAGGCCUCUAUCAGAGGACCUACAAUUACCAAGAAGUGAGUCGGACCCUCUGUCCCUCUGAGCCAACACCUGAAACAAGACCCUCUGACCAGAUUAUAUUUGUGGAUGUCGCUUCCAUGGCACCAUUCAAUAUUGCAUAUGAGCUGCUGGUCACCAGGCUGGAGAACUUCCAACUUGAGACCAACAAAGCCUUUAACUUCACUGCCAGCCCUUCCCAGCCCCAGUAUUUUCUGUACAAAUUUCCUCAGGAUGUCGAUUCAGUCAUUAUUAACGUGGUGUCUGAUGCAGCCUACCCAUGCUCAGUUGUCUCUGUCCAGGAUAUUGUGUGCCCAGUGUAUGACCUGGACCAUAAUGUGGAGUUCAAUGGAGUUUAUCAGUCUAUGACAAAGCAGGCAGCCAUAACAGUGCAGAGAAAAGAUUUCCCAGGUGAGCAGUUCUUUGUUGUGUUCGUCAUCAAGCCGGAGGAUUAUGCCUGUGGGGGCUCUGUGCCUUCUUCAAUUCAUGGAAAUGUCAACCGUACCUGGAACCUGCAGCGGACAAAGAACCUUCAAGUGACGAUUGUGCCCUCCAUUAAAAAGUCUGAUUACAUCCAGGCCAUGUUCUUCAGCUUCCUGAGUUUCCUCUCUUUUUACCUGGGCUCAGUGGUUGUUGCUUUUGUGCACUACAUUAGGGUUCAGAGGAAGGCUUCAGCUGGGAGAUUGAGUCCUGAGCAUGGAUCUGGGAUGAUGACUUCUUCACACCCCAUCUCAGCCAGCACUCCUGAGGGAAGCAGCUAUGGUGCUAUUGAUGAGUCCAGCUCCAGCGGUGGACGUCAGCUGUCGUCCCCCGAGCACCGGCCCCCUGCUGGUUCUGACACAGACAGCUCCGUGGAGGAGGAGAGCGACUUUGACACCAUGCCAGAAAUUGAGAGCGAUAAGAACAUCAUCCGCACGAAGGUGUUCCUCUAUCUAUCAGACUUGUCCAGGAAAGACCGAAGGAUUGUCAGCAAAAAAUACAAAAUCUAUUUCUGGAACAUCAUCACCAUUGCGGUGUUCUAUGCCCUGCCAGUCAUCCAGCUCGUCAUCACUUACCAGACGGUAGUGAAUGUGACGGGCAAUCAGGACAUCUGCUACUACAACUUCCUGUGUGCUCAUCCCCUUGGGGUGCUGAGUGCCUUCAACAACAUCCUCAGCAAUGUGGGCCACAUGAUGCUGGGCUUUCUCUUCCUCCUCAUUGUGUUGCGCAGGGACAUCCUCCACCGCCGGGCCAUGGAGAUGAAAGAUAUCUACACCCUGGACUAUGGGAUCCCAAAGCAUUUUGGUCUCUUUUAUGCUAUGGGCAUUGCUCUGAUGAUGGAAGGAGUGCUCAGUGCCUGUUACCACGUCUGCCCUAAUUACUCCAAUUUCCAGUUUGACACCUCCUUCAUGUACAUGAUCGCAGGACUGUGCAUGCUCAAGCUCUACCAGACCCGGCACCCAGACAUCAAUGCCAGCGCCUACUCUGCCUAUGCCUCCUUUGCUGUGGUGAUCUCCCUGGCUGUCCUUGGAGUGGUGUUUGGGAAAAAUGACAUGUGGUUCUGGGUUAUUUUCUCAAUGAUCCAUGUUUUGGCCUCGCUGGCUCUCAGCACCCAGAUCUACUACAUGGGCCGCUUCAAGAUCGACGGCCCUGACUCAGACUUGGGCAUAUUUCGGCGAGCAGUGAUGGUGCUGUACACGGACUGUAUCCAGCAGUGCAGCCGACCAAUGUACAUGGACAGGAUGGUGCUGCUCAUUGUUGGGAACGUGGUCAACUGGUCCUUUGCUAUCUUUGGGCUGGUGUAUCGACCCAGGGACUUUGCCUCCUACAUACUGGGAAUCUUCAUCUGUAACCUGCUGCUGUAUCUGGCCUUCUACAUCAUCAUGAAGCUCCGCAGCUCUGAGAAACUCCUGCCCAUCCCCAUGUUCUGCAUUGUGGCCACGGCAGUGGUGUGGGCAGCUGCCCUCUACUUCUUCUUCCAGACCCUCAGCAGCUGGGAGGAGACUCCAGCAGAGUCCCGGGAAAAGAACCGGCCAUGCAUCCUGCUGGGAUUCUUCGAUGACCAUGAUGUCUGGCACUUCCUCUCUGCAGCUGCCUUGUUCUUCUCCUUUCUGGUCCUGCUGACCCUGGAUGAUGACCUGGAUACGGUGCGCAGGGACAAGAUCCCAGUGUUCUGAGUCCCCAGGGACACGGGCGCAGAGGUGUCCCAAACUGCUCAGCCAAAGGCACUGGGCCACGGGUGUCUGUGGGGAAUGAGCCUGCUUCUGUGGCCAACAGCCCAGUGGGAGCAGAAGAGCUGGAUCCCACAGCAGGCAUGAAGGGGUGCUGUGGCAACUGAGGUGGGACCAGGAGGGAAGAUGACGUUUGCUCCUUUCCUGCCACAUCCUCUGGGGUAGGCUUGAUCCAGAGGCCAAGGCUAGUACACAGCCCUCUGGCUUGUGGGUGCAGAGGGUGCUGGAGCCAGUGAUGAGGGAGGAAACAGGAGGGGAGGCAUGUUAGAGACCUUUGCUUCCCUUCCUUCUUGCUGAUGUGCUCUGCAUCCUCUCUGGUGAGCAGGCUUGAGAAGUGCCAUGCAGCUCCUCCUGCAUUGGGAGCUGAUGCCUGCAGCCUGCAGGCUGCUGCCCUCAGUCUCUUCAGCAGCAUGGGGAGAGCAUUUGGUUCCUGUCCUGUAGCAGCUGAGGGAGCAAAGGACUCCAAACUGAGGUGGCAGUGGGAGGACUGUGCUUUCUGUUUUCUUCUUUUUGUUGGAGAGACUCCUCUGGUAGCUGGUGGGGAGCCAUGGUACCAAGGCUGCAGCGUUGGUGGGAGGUGGUGAACUGGAGCUGCCAGACUCAGAGCCUCCUGCCUUGCUCUUGCAGCCUCUCUGUCACUCAGCCACACUCCUGUGGCAGCUCCAGUGCUGGCACUUGUCAGUCACAAGUGCUCUCCUCAAGCGACCCUAAGAGACACCGCACAGCAAAGCCACAGCCUUCCGUGGCAGCCCUUGGCUCCUGCUGUGUGCCUUGCCAAAGGAGCAGGGUGGAACAGGGAGGUUUUCCAGCAGCCCCAGACUUUCUCCUCCCAUGACCUUGCUUUGCAAAGCAGGUUCCUUUAUGGCCUGGGAGUGUGAAGGAGGUUUUGGGGCAGUUGGGGUAGAGCUCUUCAGCUAAAGAUCUGGACCAAAUUUUCUUCUCCAACUUGUCUGAAUCUGAAAUGAGUUUUUUAAUGGCUUCUGCAUUCUUUCCAGUUUCUUAGUUAUUUAAAAAAACAAGAAUAAGGUGUGAAUUAUUUCAGGCCUUGCAUCUAAAAUGGGACCUGUUUUGCUAAUUUGCAAUUAAAAAGUGUUCUUUGAGGCCUGCUGUCCUUAUUCUUGUCAUUGCCUGAGCAUUUUUACUUUGGUGUAUGUGCAUGUAGCCAGUGAUGCAAAGGUUUCAUUCCACUUCUGCUUACUAAAGCAGAUGACUCUGGUGAUGUUUUACUCCAAGAGUCUGUAUCUCCUUGAACAGUUUUGCAACAGCUGGUUUUUAUUUUUUUCUAAGUUGGAGUUUGUCGAGAUGGUCAAUAAAAUGGAUGUUCCUGGUUCCCUG